AUGCCUAAAAAUACUCAUUUAGCCAACUUUGAAAAAGGUCAAAUUAUUGGAAUGCAUAACACUGGAGUUACUUUAACUUCUAUUGCUGAAGAAAUAAACCGUGACCAUUCUACAGUAUCUAAAUUCUUAAUUCGGGUUAGAGAACGAAGAAGUAUUGAAGUUGCUUUACGUUCAGGAAGACCAUCGAUCUUUACUAAUGAAGAUGAACAAAAUCUUAUUAAUGCAAAGUGGAAAAAGAAGCUUAAUAGUAUGGGGAUGCUUCACAGGAGAGAAAAAGGGCCAUUGGCUUUUAUGAGAGAAAGGAAUGGUGGUGGUGCAAUAAAUUCGCAAAGAUAUGUAGAAGUAUUGAACGAAAACUUGAUACCUUUUCGACAUGAAUUAAUUGCCAACUAUGGAAAUGAUAUAAUCUUCCAAGAUGAUAACGCUCUUAUUCAUCAGUCAAAAUAUACUCGAGAUUGGAUGGAAUCUGAAAAUAUUUAA